GCAGGCGUCCUCCCUGCAGGCCGCAAGGGGUAUUUAAAGGCACGCGGCCAGCCACUGCGGCAGGGUCCUAGGUUGGUGGUCUGUGUAGCGUUGUGGCCAUGGCCAGUUUUCUCGUGCUCAACACCGGCGCCAAGAUGCCCAUCGUAGGGCUGGGUACCUGGAAGUCGGCUCCAGGCAAAGUAGGGGAGGCUUUGAAGGUGGCAAUCGACGUGGGGUACCGCCAUAUCGACUGCGCCCACGUGUACCAGAAUGAGAACGAAGUAGGGGAGGCCAUCCAGGAGAAGCUCAAGGAGGGGGUGGUGAAGCGUGAGGAUCUCUUCAUUGUCAGCAAGCUCUGGUCCACAUACCAUGACAAAAGCCUGGUGAGAGGUGCCUGUAAGAGGACGCUCGACAACCUGAAGCUGGACUACCUGGACCUCUACCUAAUCCACUGGCCAACCGGCUUCAAGGCGGGGGAGGACUUUUUCCCCUUGGAUGAGACAGGCAACGUGAUUCCCAGUGACACUGAUUUUUUGGACACAUGGACGGCCAUGGAGGAGCUGGUGGACGAGGGGCUGGUGAAGGCGAUUGGUGUCUCCAACUUCAACCACCUCCAAGUAGAAAGGAUCUUAAACAAGCCUGGCUUAAAAUACAAGCCGGCAGUCAACCAGAUCGAGUGCCACCCAUACCUGACCCAGGAGAAGCUAGUCCAGUACUGCCAGUCUAAGGGCAUCGUGGUGACCGCCUAUAGCCCUCUGGGCUCCCCUGAUCGACCCUGGGCCAAGCCAGAGGAUCCCUCCCUGCUGGAUGACCCCAGAAUCAAAGAGAUUGCAGCCAAGCAUAACAAGACCGUAGCCCAGGUUCUGAUCCGGUUCCCCAUACAGAGGAACGUCAUCGUGAUCCCCAAAUCGGUGACCCCCAAGCGCAUCGCUGAGAACUUCCAGGUCUUUGACUUUGACCUGAACAGCUCGGAUAUGAGCACCUUACUCAGCUACAACAGGAACUGGAGGGUCUGCGCCUUGGUGAGCUGUGCCAGCCACAAGGAUUACCCCUUUAAGGCCGAGUUCUGAAGCUGCAGAGUCCGCUCUCCUGCUUUCCUGCGUGUUCCUCACAGUGAAGUGUGGCCGUGGCCCUCGCAGCCGAUCAGCAGCUGGAAGACGGACCCGCAUGGGCUUGCUCAGCACGAAGCUGGGUCUAAAGAGCAGCAUCUAGAUUCCCCUAGUUUUCUUUGUCCUUCUUGUUCAGCUGAGGAAAAUACAACCCUUUCUGGCCAAGAAGAAGCAAAAUAUAUAGUCAAAAUUGUGCCACUAACAAUCGGGUUUUGACUGCUUGGAACUGUAAUCCUGUCAGCCGGACUCCUCCUUGCCUCCAAUAAAAAGGGCUUUUGUGGGCUGGA